AUGGGCAUCCAAGGAAGUCGCCUCACCGAUCAGGCAAACCAGCUUGACGGCGAAUAUGCCCUGGUUCUGGACUCCCAGAAGAACGUCCACCACUUCCCAGGACCUGAAGGAGUAGAUAAUGAGUCUGCGGACAACUGGCUGGAGCUGCAGAUCUUCCAGUGGAGGGAAGAAACCCCAACUCUCAUUCUGAAGAUGGCACCUGCAUCUUCAGGCCCUGAGUUCCAGCAACAGCUAGACCAGUCGACCGACGCACUUAAGUUCAUCUUCCAACUGCCGGCCGAGUACCCAGGAGGCCGAGUUGGACUUCUUCGUACCAUCCAGGAUCUGGUUGCCGGCGUCAACCCUUACGGCAUCGUGGAAACAGUUGUCGGGAGAAGGGUGACAACCAGAUUCCUGACGAAGAAGAGAUGGGCGCGUCAGCAUGAGAAGGAGCAUUCGUGGACUAAUGCCCCGAAGGCCUACAACUGCAAGGUCGGCUGGACGCAGUUCUCAUCCCAGUACUUCUUCAAGUUCCGGGUAAACACAGGAGAAGCGGCACUCCUGGCGGUGAAUCGACAUGCUGACGAGUACAAGUCUGCAGUGGGUCAGCGACAAACGCCGCAGCAACAGCUGUAUUUCAUGCAGCUCAUGACCCUGCCUGUUCGGGUUUGGAUGUGUGUUCGGUAUCACCGACGCCCAAGUUCCGAGGAUGAAAGUGAAGAGCGUGAAUCCCAGGCUGAAAAGCCUGAUGCCGAAUUCAUCCACGACGCAUCACCUCUUAAUACUAAAGAGGGAUCGUCAACCGGUAUCUUGGGCGAGUUCAAGAAACUCAUCAAGGACUCGACCCAGCAAGCUGCUCGUAGCGCUGCUGACGUGGUCGAUGAUGAUGAGCUGGUGACGGGAGAGCACCCAAGCCUUGACAGCCAGGGCCCGGAAAAGAGUGUGGUCUCACCCAGCGAGGGGAAGACAGAGGAGGAGCAGGAGGGAAUGUCAAACACGCCGCUUGACCAGCCCCACGCGGUGGUGUGUGAGAACUUGACGAUGGGAAAGACGGGGUUGACGAAGAACCAGAAGAAGAAGAACCAGAAGAGAAGGAAGAAAGCCUACCACAAGGCAGUAAGAGAAGCGCACGCAGAUGCACAGCCGCGGCAAGUUCAACCAAACGACGAACAGUCAGCGUCCGCAGCGUGCGGCGCGGCUGGUCAAACCCUCGUCGUUGGGAAUGUCGACCUUAUUGAGGUCGACUUGCGGUCCCCAACAUCUGGCAGUGCCUCCUUCUUGACUGCGCGUUCGCAGUCUCCCUCGAAAAUUUCCACAGGUUCUCGAAAUUCCCAUACUCCUCCCCUGGCCCCCAAUGUUUCCUUCACUGGGGAGUCUGAUGAAGAAGGUGUUCCAGAACACCAGACAAGCAGAGUCGAAUCAGACUCUGAGACCACAUCUCUGCCCGGGGACUCUCGCGAGCCCAGUCAAGAAGAAGUGAUCUUUUUGGAGACCAUAACUGGCGCUCAGCCAGAGUCUCAUGUGCAGCGGUUGUCUGCAACAGCGACCCCUGCAAAACCCACCACCCAUCCCCGGGAGAUUUCUCCGCGUUCGGAGCGCGAAUCUCCCAGUCCGACUUCGAAGGUUGAGCCGGUACUUGGAGCAACGUCUCCGCUGCUUGUUGUCGGGGACAGGCAUGAAAAGCGGGAUUCCAAGGCACCAGAAGGCCGCCAAGACGCCACGAAGUCGGGGGAUGAACUGGACGACACAUGCGCAGCAACAGCUCAUGUCGAAGCUCGUCAGCAAGAGGUUUCGCCGCAGGACGUGUCUGGUAUCACUGACCAGCCCCUGCAGCCUCGUGCUGAACCCUUAUCCGGCCCUGCGACUCAUCAUCAGCCGCCAAAGAAGGCCCGGGGACAACAACGAGCUGGAGACAUCACGACCUUGGCCAAAACACCCCAGUCGCUUCAUUCUAGCCAAGAAUCCACUGCAUCCGCAGAGGAUCAGUCGAGCGUCUUGGGACCAGUGACUCCGCGACCUACCAGCCGUCAAUUGCUGGUCGUCAGUCCGGAAUCAGCUGAAAUUCGGCCAUUGUCGACUGCUGCCGUGUCCGCAAGCCACCCACAGCAAGACGAACCCUCUUCGGCGACUACCCCGACCAGGACGCCCGGGUUAUACCCUAAACGCAUGGCAACAGUUGGGAACCCGACUCAACGAGGGGCACCUGUAAAGCGUGUACCGCCUGCCAAGACGCCCCGCCUCUCGAGAAAGGCAGUGGUACCAGCAGGACGUGGGCGCAGAGGUGCACCACGGACCUAUGCUCACCCAGCCAAGACGUCUGGCUUCCACACCGCGGUACCAGCAGGGCGCAAACGGGACGGUGGAUUCGUCUCUGGGGUUAACCCAGCCAGAAUGCCCGGUCCUAUGAUGGCCGUGGUACCAGCGGGACCCCGUGGGGGCUUUGCUCCAUCUCCAACCGUAGCACCUGGCUACGGUGCCUACCAACAAAGUCCUUCUCAAUGGCACCAGGCGCCCACACCUGCCGCAACGUCAUGGGAAGGGAACCCUGUAACCAGCCAGUCCUAUGUGCUGGGGAAUCCCCAUCGACCUUGCGGUGGAGGUGCGUAUCCAACGCCUCCGACAAAAACGGCUCCGGGUCCCUCUGAUGUACCUGGAAGGAAUGUGGAAUACAAGCAAAAGGAACCAGAGAUUGGCAAAUUCUUCUGGGACUUGACAUUCCACUCCUUCCGGUGUGCAAAGGCGGGCUGUUGGAAGCAGUGCAACCUGUGGGAUUGUCAAUCUGUCGUCUGUCCGUUCUGUGGACCUUUUUCGCGCGUCAUGUACUGCGGGAAGGAACACAUGCGGGAAGAUGUCAAGAUCCACUGGCUUCACUGCGGACAGGCAUCGAUGAAAGAUCCCUGUGUGGAUAAUUCGAUACCCCCGGACAUCCGAGUCGGACCUCCCGCAAUCCCUUGCAAGAAUGGCUGGGAUAGUCCUGAGCGUCACCGGCAGGCAAUGUGGUUCACUACAGCGCGUCAGGAAGGUGACUACUUCCUCUUCGCGGACUGGGAAGACUCCUUUGUCUCUGGUACAAGGCUGGACGAGUGGGAAGGGCGGUGCUCGCCUCGUGUGGCCCUGAUCGUGCGCUUCGCCGAUCCGGUUGAGAAGGACCGUUUCCGACGGAUCCUUGCAGUGUGUUUGCUGGAAUCAGUUGAGGUCCAGCCACUGGUUGCCUACAUGUUCCGUUUGCUGCGGGACAGGCUCCAAGCCAAGAAUCAGUGGUCGCCUCAACUGGACUUCGAGCUUCGGCGCCAGAUAUCCUGGGAGUUAGGUGUAUCUCUUGACCCGGAAGUCCUGGGCCUGCGACACGCUUGCGAGACCGAAUGGAACGGCCGACCACCCCGUCAUUGCCGGGACCCGAUCUGCUUUGCUGAGUGGCGGAACCUCUUGGGCACGUUAGGAUGGGAUCAAUGUUUCGAACGCCUUGUCAGCAAUGAAGAAUGCAGUCACUGGCUUCUUCGAGCGCAUCGAACCACCCAUCCCACUGUCACAAGUGUGUACGACCGGACGCGCGGAGAGGGAUUCGACGAUGUCGUCGAUGAGGAGAAACGACUCUUCCGGCGUGGCGAGGCUUGGGAUGGUCCAGGGACAGGCCUCAUGGAGAUGGAAGGUCCAGAAGUGUGCUAA